AUGUCGAGCCUGAGAAGAACCCUGCAGCCUUUUGCCGCAGUGUUCGCGUGCUUUCAUCUCCUAGCAGGUGCAAAAAGUGUCGCCGAAAGCACCCCAUGCGAUCGCCUAACGAAGCCUACCAUCCCCGGCGCGACCGUGAUAUCGAUACAAUCGCAACAUCUGCCGAACGCGUCGGUGCUCGCCAGUCCUCCGCUUCUGAACACCAACGUAACCGGACUCGACAUCUGCAGUGUCGAUAUUGUCCUCUCGCAUUCGGGCGCCAACGAUACCGUCAAGGUCAAAGUGUGGUUGCCAUCCACCGGUUGGAACGGACGCUUUCUCGGUACCGGCGGCAGCGGCUACGCGGCAGGAUUCUUUGAGCUCAGCCUCGCUCCCGUGGUGACCCUGGGCUACGCUGCCGCCUCGACCGAUGCAGGGCUGUCAGGCGAUCCUUAUACUCCGGCCGCAUGGGCCCUGGAUGGCCAGGGCAACGUGGACAAGGCUUUACUGCUGAAUUUCGCGUCGAGGUCUGUCCACGACAUGGCGGUGGCCGGCAAAGCCAUCGCGACACAAUACUACGGCAGGGAACCACAUCAUUCGUACUGGAAUGGCUGCUCCACGGGCGGAAGACAAGGUCUGAUGGCCGCACAGACGCACCCGGAGGACUUUGACGGGAUUGUCGCCGGGGCGCCCGCCAUCGACUGGGCAAGAUAUGUCAUUGCAGAACAGUGGCCGCAGGUGGUCAUGCAGGAGGAGGGGAUCUAUCCCAGCAGAUGCUUGCUGCAGGCCUUCACCAACGCGAGCAUAGCGGCGUGCGACUCCCUGGACGGUCUAACCGACGGCAUCAUUUCAAGCCCCCAGGCGUGUAAGUUCGAUGCUCACGCAAUGGUCGGGUCGACCUUUCACUGCGAGGACGGACAACAAGAAGAAACAGUUACACCCAGGAUUGCCUCCGUGCUGGCCAAGAUCGUCGCCGGCCCGAAAGGACCGGCACUCACUCACAAAUACGCUCUCAAUGCUGGAGCCGCGCUGGACAGCCUCGCCAACACGACAACAGACAGCGAGGGCAGGACCGUCGGAUACCCUUUCUUCGUCAACGACGCAUGGAUUAAAUACUUUGUGAAAAAGGAUCCCAACUUCGACACGACAACCGUAGGCUACGCCUCGUUCGCGCAGCUGUUCAAAGCGUCGCAGCACGAAUACGGCGCCCUCAUCGGGGGCUAUAACCCGGAUUUGUCUCGUUUCCGGGCCGCAGGAGGGAAAGCCAUCGUCUGGCACGGCGAGGCCGAUCAGCUCAUCUUCCCAGCCGGGACAGUGGAGUACCACCGCAUGGUUGAACGGGUCGUCGGGCACGGCAAUGCGUCCGCGGUGGCUGGCUUCUAUCGCACGUUUCUCGCCCCUGGCGUCGAUCAUUGCGGAGCAGGUGCAUUGACGGGCACACCACCUGGUGCUGUGCCCGUCGAUCCUCUUGCCGCGGUGGUGGCGUGGGUUGAGAAGGGAGUCGCGCCAGAUGUACUGGACGCGAGUAUUCAGAGCGUGGGAGAUGAUGGGGUCGUCGUGACGAGGACGCGGAAUCUUUGUCCUUUCCCGUCGAGGUCGCGGUAUCGGGGCGGUGAUGCGGCGGCGGAGCGUAGUUACGUGUGUGCUUGA